GUCAAAGGUCAUUUAAACAUAGAAUGGGUUAGAUGACACAAUUUCCACCAGAGAAUAUUUAUGCCCUUUGUUCCCAGUUUCUUCGUUCUUCUUCCCACAGUCCCACUGCCACUGAAUUCCGCCGUCGUCAACUCGUCGUCUGUCGACCUGCCAGGCUGCCACCACUCGGCCAUUGCCAUCCGAAUUCCGAUACAAAAUCAGAAGGUAUUGGUGUCUGCUUACUGUUGCUCAGUCUCAAACAACAUUCUUCUUCACCCAUAUUGGAGGCGUAUUCGUAUUGGGGUGCCAACAACAAGAAGAAGAAGAUAUAAUAACAAUAAUAAUAGGAGUCGUCUAACUUGUGAUGCUUCUCCUUCACCCUUACUGGAGCAGAUGCACCACCACCACACACAAUCUUUAUUUCUGUUGGCAGAUACAGAUGUUGGCUACUCAUUGGCCAGUUACUACACUUCCUUGGCUCUGUUUGUUAUCUCUGUGCCAGGCCUUUGGUCCCUCAUCAAGCGUUCUGUCAAAUCUAAGGUUGUGCAAAAGACCUUCAUAGGAGAAGGAGAUAAGAAGGCGCCUAGCCAGGUGGCCGGAGAAGUGCUUUCGUUUUUUACCCGAAAUAAUUUUGCAGUGUCAGACAGAGGAGAGACAAUAACAUUUGAAGGGAUGAUGGUACCAAGCCGUGGUCAAGCAGCAUUGCUUACUUUCUGCACGUGCAUAAGCCUUGCAAGUGUUGCCCUCGUUCUCACAAUAACUUACCCAGACGUAGGGAACAACUGGUUCUGGCUAACCAUAUUAAGUCCUCUAGCAGGAGUGUAUUAUUGGAGCAAGGCUUCACGAAAGGAGCAGAUUAAGGUGAGGAUGCUGGUGGGUGAAGACGGGACCCUAUCCGAAAUUAUUGUUCAAGGGGACGACCAACAGGUCGACCAAAUGAGGAAGGAGCUUCAACUCAGUGAAAAGGGGAUGGUCUAUGUGAAGGGUAUUUUUGAAAGAUAACAAACAACAUUAUUUGAUGUGUUUGAAAUUGUGUUGAAACUACUUAACCAGUCCCAAUACUACUUCAGCUAAUGCAGUCCCAAUACUACUUCAGCUAAUG